GCCAGCUGGCCAUUAGGAUCGAUUAGUUUCUUACGUACAAAGGGAAAGUUGAGCAAUGGCCGUCCAAAAGCAUGUCUUAUCGUUCUUCAUCAUAAUUUCUUUUGUUGGUCGUUAUAGCACUUUGCAAGAGGACCCACACAACGCAUAUUUUGAUGAUUCACCUAAUACGAUCAAUGGUGGUGGUGGGACAUUCGAGAACUUGCUCAGGCAAAGCCCAGAUGUUUUGAGGUUGAACAGAUUUGAUCAGUUGGUUGGUCCUUCUCUCUCGCCUAACAAAGUGAAUGUCAAUGAUUACGGAGCUAUAGGGGAUGGUACUACUGACGACACACAGGCAUUCAAGAAGGCUUGGAAGGUUGCAUGCUCUUCUGGAGAAGCAGUUUCUCUCGUGGUGCCUCGGCAGAAUUAUCUACUCAAGCCAAUAGGAUUCUCUGGGCCAUGCAAAUCUGCCAUUACGGUGAAGAUCUCUGGAGUGCUUGAAGCGUCUGAUAAUCCUUCAGACUACAGUCAUGAUCCCACACAUUGGCUUGAGUUUAAGUUUGUCCAGAGUCUAUCAGUCGAAGGUGAUGGUACCAUCAAUGGAAAGGGAAACAUAUGGUGGCAAAACUCAUGCAAAAGGAACAAGAAACUCCCUUGCAAGAAUGCCCCUACGGCUCUGACGUUCUAUAUGUGUAAGAAUUUGGUGGUUAAGAACCUGACGAUAAAGAAUGCACAGAAAAUGCACGUAUCGUUCCAGGACUCCUCAUACGUUAGAGCUUCGGGUCUCACUGUGACUGCACCAGAGGGUAGUCCUAACACAGAUGGAAUUCAUAUCACCAACACACAAAACAUCCAAAUCUCAAGCUCUGUCAUAAGAACUGGAGAUGAUUGCAUAUCAAUAGUAAGCGGAUCUCAGGAUGUACAAGCUACCGAUAUAACCUGCGGACCGGGCCAUGGUAUCAGCAUUGGAAGCUUAGGGGCCAAACAAACCGAAGCUUUUGUUUCUGGCAUAACAGUAAAUGGGGCUAAGUUAUCUGGAACCACAAAUGGAGUCAGAAUUAAGACAUGGCAGGGUGGGUCGGGAAGUGCAAGCAACAUCAAGUUCCAGAACAUAGAGAUGAACAAUGUGACCAACCCCAUAAUAAUAAACCAGAACUACUGUGACCAGAAGGUUCCAUGCAAACAGCAGUACUCAGCGGUUCAAAUCAAGGAUGUGUUAUACCGGAACAUAAAAGGUACAAGUGCUUCAGAAGUAGGAGUGACGUUUGAUUGCAGCGAGAUCUUUCCGUGCGAAGGGAUUGUAAUGCAGAACGUUGACUUGAAACUAGAAUCAGGAGAAGCUUCCAAGGCUUCAUGCGACAAUGUUCAAGUGUCCCACAUCGGACACGUAAGCCCUCUCUGCCCACAAGCAUGACAAACACACGACCCCAUCAUUUAAUUAUACCUCGUUAUCGUGUACGAUUAUUGUGGAUAUCUGCAUCCACUGUAUAUCCGGAUGCAUUACUCGAUCGUUAAAGGCAUGUACGUAUUUAGAUACAAUGUGGCCGUAAUAAUGUCAUUGCUUUAACAGUGA